GUCCAACAAUUCAAGCAUUUUGCGGGAAGCAACCUCAACAUGGCGCUGGUGUGAAAGCGGCAUAAGAGGAAGCAACUCGAGCUACGAAGUGUUUACAAAACAAACUUGUUGUUACUAAACUACAUUACAGUCUACUACAGUCGUCUCAAUGAGUGCCAUAAAAGGCAGAGGAGCCAAAGUGCGCACAGUAAAACAACAUGAGAGCAAAAAAGGUUCGUCUAAUGAGAACACAGAUUCUCCCAACCUGUCAGCUAUAGACAGAGCUAGCUUCCUGGAGGGACUGCAGCUAAACUAUGGCAACCCUCUUCACAGCACUGCCUUGGAAGAAGAUUUAAACGUCUUAGACGAGGAACAGGUGAACGGAGGAAAGGCUGGGAGAAAGGAAAUUCCUCAGACGUCGAAGGCUGCUGGUAAACAGCGUGGAGCAGAGGAGAAGAGGAAGGAGGAAGAGGAGAAGAAGAAGAGGAGGAGUGCUGUAAGGACGUCUGCAGCGAGGCCGGAGAAGAAUCAGCUGGUGAAGAAAGGCAAGAAGAGAAAGAGCGGGAUGUCAUGUGACCCCGAGCCACAGGAGCAGUCUGACUCUGGUGGCGCUCAGCAGAGACGUAAGAGGGUGCUGUCCUCUGAGGAAGAGGAUGUGGGAGAGGAGAGGAGCUGGUGCCCAAGUACAAAGACGGCCAGGUUUUAUCGUUUCGGCAGAAAGUCUUCAACGAAGAAGUCGAAAGCUAAGAAGUCUUCAUCAGGCAGUGCAUCUCCUGAACCAGAGACGGCCAGCACUGAUAAACAGAGGAAGAGGCAGAGGGGGGGCCAGGGGGGGACACAGUUGGAGGUGGUGCUGGAAGCCUUCCUGGACUUCUGUGACCAGUACAGGGAGUCUUUGGAGUCCAACACUUUGAAACAGUGUGUUGAUUCUUUCUCCUCCAAUGUGGAAAAUCAGCUCUUAGAAAAGAUCUCUGCUUCCAAGGAGCUAAAGGUUUUAAAAAGAGAAAACAUAAAGGUGGCUUCCUCGAUCCGUACAAAGACACAGAGACUGUUGGAAGCCAAAAAUGAGCUGAUGAGGGGGGAGAGGCAGGUGUGUUUGCUGCAAAAGGAGAAAUCUGAACUUAAAGCACGACUAGCUGAUCUGAGACGAGGCCAAGCCUUCCUGCACGACAUCAGAGAGCUCAACACACAAUACCUGGACUACCGACGCAAACACCCCAAAGAAAAAGAGAUGUAUGGUGCCUCCAGCUUGCCAGCUCUGCUAUUGGAGGCCAAGAGUAUUCAGGCAGAAGAACUUCAGCCAAAAGGAAACAAUGAAUAAGAACAAAACUCAGAAAUAAUGCACUAUACCCCACACACAGACAUUUCUUAAACCAGUAAAUGGAAAAGCGACAUCAUUUAUUUUUGUGUUUAUGCGAUUAUUUAGUUUGGCCACUGGUGGAGAUAAAUGUAACGGUGGGAGAAAGAAGGAAGGAAACGUAGAGGAUCCCCAGAUCGAAAUAUAAUCUUGUUCGGUAACCUUACUAACCACAUUAAAAUACCUUGAACCACUUGCAGGAAGUUUUGGUUUUGGUUAUGUGGUUUACUGGUUUUGUGUUCAAAGUCAUGUUUUAAUUCUUCUAAAUCAUCUUUAAAUGUAAAUGUUACAGUACCCUACAUUUAAAGUGUUACUCCAUCCAAAAUAAAAAAACAGGUGUUUCUCCA